GAAGGGAGUAAUAAAUUUAAAAAUUAAGUUGAACUAAACUUGAAAAAUCCCCUCUAUUGUUGAAAUUUAGAGGCACUCCUGGAGUUCCGGAAUCAGACUGAAACGACACCCGUCUGUCGGUAGAACUUUUCUGACUCGUAAAUAAAUAAAUAUGGUUAUUUCAAAAUGUCGAAAACCUUUUAUCCAACGCAGCAGCAGCGAAAAAAAAACAAACCUUUCCUCUUUCCACAAUGUCUUACUACCCCAAAGGCCAUCAUACCGGCGACGACGCCGUCGACGACUUCGAUGAGUAUGAUCCGACUCCCUACGACGGUGGAUACGACAUUACCGUGGCAUACGGCCGUCCGAUUCCGCCAUCGGAGGAGACCUGCUAUCCCAUCUCCUCCUCCUCCGGCGGCUUUGACUAUGAGCGUCCUCAUUAUGCCUCCUCUGCUGAACCAUCUGCCUAUGCCGACGAGGCUCUUGAUAACGAGUACAAGAGCUAUGCCCGACCCAAGCCCCGACCCACCCCUUCUUCUUAUGGAGGCUCAUCCGAGGCCGGGUAUGGCGGAUCUGACAAUCCCCGCCCUAGCUAUGGAUUCCAAUCUGGAAUAAAUCUCCCCGUUGUUGGAUCUGAGUUCGGAGAGGGCGGAUUCGGAUCUGAAGGCGGGUAUGGCCGCAAGCCGGAGUACGAGAGACCCCCUUCUGAAUAUGGAUCGGGCGGAUUCGGAUCCGAAGGCGGGUAUGGCCGCAAGCCAGAGUACGAGAGACCCGCUUCUGAAUAUGGAUCGGGGUAUGGUAGGGAUAGCGCGCGCGAACGUCCCGGUACUGAAUAUGGUUCAGGUUAUGGCCGGAAGAGCGAGUACGAACCGCCAAACUCUGAAUACGAAUCUGGGUAUGGCCGUAAGGCCGAAUAUGAUAAUCCUUCUUCUGAAUAUGGAGCUGGUCAUGGACGCCGGCAUGAAGAUAAAAAUCCCAGCUCAAAUUACGGAUCUGGCUCGGAAUAUGGAUCAACCUAUGGGCGCCGUCCCGAAUCUGAGUAUGAAAUGAAGAGUGAGUAUGAGCAGCCUGGUUCUGAAUAUGAAUCGGGCAGUUAUGGUAGGAAACCAAGCUACGGGCAGGAGGAGAACAGCGGGUAUGGGUAUGGGGGAGGAAGGACUGGGCAGGAGAGAGUUGGCUAUGGUGAAGAAAAGCCCAGCUAUGGUCGUUCAAGCUAUAAGAAUGAUGAGAUUGAAGGCCAUGGGCGAUCAACUUAUGAUAGGCCGAGCUAUAAAAGGUCCGAGGAGGAGGAGGACGACUACAAGAAGCCUAGCUACCAGAGGCAUGAUGAUGAUGAUGAUGAUGAUGAAGGCUAUGGUCGCAAGAAAUAUGGUGAUGAUGACUCAAACGAUGAGGAUAGCCACAAGCAUCGCCAUCGCCACCAUCGCAAGCACUAUGACGAUUAAACAUAACUCGCGUCUUGCCAUGCGUCCACAAUAAUGUGGUUGUUCUUGCCAUGUUAUUAAAACUACCAAGUACUAAAUAAAGUGUGUUCUACGUUUCCCUCGUCAUGUGUCAUAAGAUCAGUUUCCUUGCAGCAGGUCAGUCAUUUGGCUGUCCCUUGUUUGUGCUUAGAAUUUUGUAAUAAAGCCCCCGAAUAUUUGGGAUGGUUUUUUUCGAAGUCACUAUUUCUUGUGGCUGGAUAUGUAGUGUGUGAAACGAACUUCUUUGUGUUUUUCAAUGUUAUAUGGUAUGCUUGUUGCUUACAUU